GCACCUAGUUUUCCUGAUUUCUGUAUCACCGGGGCCUAGCCUGGGGUCUGCCACCGAAUAGGUGCUUAAUAAAGAUUUAGCCAAUGAGUUCACUUUGAAGAACUAACUUUUGAAAGUUGAUAAAAGAGGAUUUAGGAUCGGGAUUCGCGGAAUAAGCUGUGACCAUGACUACUGAAGUUGGCUCCACGUCCGAGGUGAAGAAGGAAUCUGACCAGUUAGGAGCAGAUGCAACCAAGGAGAAACCGAAAGAAGUAGCAGAAAAUCAGCAGAACCAGUCCUCUGAUCCAGAGGAGGAAAAGGGUUCCCAGUCGUCUCCUCCAGCUGAAAGCCAAAGUAGUUCACGCCCCCAGAAGAAAGAGAGAGAUCCAUCCGGGAGCAGGGGCAUUUCUCGGUUCAUACCCCCGUGGCUUAAGAAACAGAAGUCCUACACCUUAGUCGUGGCCAAAGAUGGAGGAGAUAAAAAAGAACCUACCCAAGCUGUUGUGGAAGAGCAGAUUUUGGCUAAGGCGGAAUCUCUUCCUGAAGAAGGAAAGCAGGCCAAGGGUGAUGCUGCGGAAAUGGCUCUGCAGAAACAACAGCAGAUUAAGGUCGAUGUCAAGGAAGAGAAACCUCCAGUGAGCAGUCUGGAGACGCAGCCUGUUGAAGAAGUAAGUAAGGAGAGAGAAGAGGAGAAGGGAAAGGAAAUACAGGAGGACACACUGGAUGAAGCAGCAAAAAGGGAGACAAAGGAAGUGCAGACCAAUGAGCUAAAGGCAGAGAAGGCCUCUCAGAAAGCCACCAAGAAGACCAAGACUGUUCAGUGUAAAGUGACCCUCCUGGAUGGCACCGAGUAUAGCUGUGACCUGGAGAAACGUGCUAAGGGACAAGUGUUGUUUGACAAAGUGUGUGAACAUCUCAACCUCUUGGAGAAGGACUACUUUGGACUUGUGUUUCAGGAGAACCCUGAGCAGAAAAACUGGGUGGAUCCUGCAAAAGAAAUAAAGAGACAGCUGCGAAAUCUGCCUUGGCUGUUUACCUUUAAUGUGAAGUUUUAUCCUCCUGAUCCUUCUCAAUUGACUGAAGAUAUCACCAGAUACUUCUUGUGCCUUCAGCUCCGGCAGGACAUUGCCUCAGGCCGCCUGCCCUGCUCUCUUAUGACUCACGCCCUCCUGGGCUCUUACACACUGCAGGCUGAACUUGGCGACUAUGACCCAGAAGAGCAUGACAGUAAUGACCUCAGUGACUUCCAGUUUGCCCCCACCCAGACCAAGGAGCUGGAAGAGAAGGUGGCAGAGCUGUAUAAGACCCACAGGGGCUUAUCUCCAGCACAAGCUGAUUCUCAGUUCUUAGAAAAUGCCAAGAGGCUUUCCAUGUAUGGUGUUGACCUGCAUCAUGCCAAGGACUCGGAAGGCGUGGACAUCAAGCUGGGCGUGUGUGCUAACGGGCUCCUCAUCUACAAAGACAGACUGAGAAUCAAUCGUUUUGCUUGGCCGAAAAUCUUGAAAAUCUCCUAUAAGCGCAGUAACUUCUACAUUAAAGUUAGGCCAGCGGAGCUGGAACAGUUUGAGAGCACUAUUGGAUUUAAACUGCCCAACCAUCGGGCAGCGAAAAGACUAUGGAAAGUGUGCGUGGAACAUCAUACUUUUUACAGGCUUGUGUCUCCAGAGCCUCCACCAAAGGCCAAGUUCCUGACCUUGGGGUCCAAAUUCCGCUACAGUGGCCGUACCCAAGCGCAGACCCGCCAGGCCAGCACCCUCAUUGACAGGCCGGCGCCGCACUUUGAACGCACCUCUAGUAAACGGGUCUCCAGGAGUCUCGAUGGAGCUCCAGUUGGUGUUGUGGACCAAAGUCUUAUGAAGGAUUUUGCUGGCCCUGCUGGAGAGGUGUCAGCAUAUGGCCCGGGAGUUGUCAGUCCUGCCGUGGUACAAGAUGGUGACGGCAGAAGGGAUGUCAGAAGCCCGGCUAAAGCUCCACCAGUGCAGUUCAUUGAAGGAAAGAAAAAUUCCUUGAGAGUAGAAGGGGAUAAUAUUUAUGUCAGACAUAGCAAUUUAAUGUUGGAGGACCUGGAUAAGGCCCAGGAGGAAAUACUGAAACAUCAGGCUAGCAUUAGUGAACUCAAGCGCAAUUUUAUGGAAUCUACACCUGAGCCGCGCCCUAAUGAAUGGGAAAAACGACGUAUCACACCUCUGUCUCUACAGACACAAGGGAGCAAAGGAGACCGUCUUUUCAAGGAUAUUUUUUCCAUGAAGGAGAAGCAUCAGAUGGCGGCAACACGAACAGUUGAAGAAAAAGCCCAGGAGGCAGACAAGAAACGCGCUCCCGAGUCCGAAGGGCCUUGCGCCGGAGCCAGUGAUGCUGUUAAGAGUUCACAUGAGACUCUGAAUGUAGUGGAGGAGAAGAAGCAGGCAGAGGUUGGGAAAGACGAAAGAGUAAUCACGGAAGAAGUGAACGGUAAAGCGCUGGCCCCUGGGCGUGGUCCUGGGGAGAUGCGGAAGGUGGAGCCGGGGACGCAGAAAGACUCCACCUCCCUGUCUUCUGAGAGCAGCCCCAGCAGUGAGAGCGAGGACGAGGACGUGGGGGAGUACCGGUCCCACCACCAAGUGACUGAGGGCACCAUCAGGGAGGAGCAGGAGGAGGAAGAAGAGGUGGAGGAGGCGCCCGGCCCAGCAGCCAAGGUAGUAGAGAGGGAGGACCCGGUGCCAGCAGCCCGCCCAGUCACCCACGCAGGUGCCAGUGUCAGCACAGUAGAAACAGUGAUCCAGGAAAACCUAGUUGCCCCCCAGAUCCCCACCGAGAAGAGUGUAAACGAAGGCGUUAAGCAAGACGUGCGCGAAGACCCGGAGGACGAGCCGCAGAAAGUUAACGGAGAGGUGUCUCAUGUUGACAUUGAUGUUUUGCCACAAGUUAUUUGUUGUUCAGAGCCACCAGUGGUAAAAACAGAGAUGGUAACAAUUUCUGAUGCCUCACAAAGGACAGAAAUCUCCACCAAGGAAGUCCCUAUUGUCCAAACUGAGACCAAAACCAUCACAUAUGAAUCUCCACAGAUUGACGGCGGGGCUGGUGGUGACUCGGGCACGUUACUGACUGCACAAACCAUCACAUCUGAGUCCGUGUCAACAACGACAACCACACACAUCACCAAGACUGUAAAAGGUGGGAUAUCUGAAACAAGAAUUGAGAAGCGCAUCGUGAUCACAGGAGAUGCAGAUAUUGACCAUGACCAGGCACUGGCCCAGGCCAUCAGGGAAGCCAGGGAGCAGCACCCUGACAUGUCAGUCACGCGGGUGGUGGUGCACAAAGAAACCGAGUUGGAGGAGGGGGAUGAGUAAGAUAUCCGCUUUUUAGACCACAACAUUCAACUUUGUGAACCAGAAGAAUUUUGACCAUUCCAAGUCUUAAUGCCACCACUGCUCCAGCAAAUUUAUACGACUGUUAACAAUGGCCAGAAGCCUGAAGAAUUAAAAUGCCAACACCAAACCUUACCUUAACAGCUCUGGUCUAUACCAUUCCCACGCAUUUUAAUAUAUUGUUUUGUUUUAUAACCACUCCUAAAUAUUCUUGAUUCUUUCUUUUUUUUUUCUGAUAGUUUUGUUUUUGUUUUCUGUUUACUUUGUGUACAACUACCUGCUUUUUACAACUCAUUUUGAUCAAAUGAUAGUGAACAAAGCCAGCCCAAGCUGGUAAGGUGCUGUUCGCUUGAACAGGUGCUGUUGUGCGGAAAGGAAACUCUGUGACUAAUUUAGAUAGUAGCUUUCCUUCUUUCCAAAUUCUUCCCACGGAGUUCUUACAAGUAAAUAUUUACAGAGUUUUCAGAUUGCCGUAAAUAUACUGUAUGAGAAAAUAUUAAUGCAGAUUUAAAAGCAUUUCUUACAUCAAGAAAAUUUUCUAGUGUUGGAGAAUUUCGUUGGGGAUAUUUUUGAUACUGAACCCUUUUGACUUUCCAGUCCUGUGACUUUUUGCUUUUAGCGGAAAGUCCGGGAGUCUCCAGACUGGAGAAUUACGCAGAAGUUCACUGACCACGCACUGUGCUAGAGACCCUGUCGCACCACAGUGCCGAUGCUUCUCAGACACAGGCUCUUCAGCAGCACUCCAGCCACCGGAGGGGGAGAAAAACAUCUCUUCCCUCUCGCUAAAACAUUCAGGCAGCUUAAAACCUUAGUGCUUUCUUUCUUAACAUGUCCAAAUUUCAAUACUUUCCAUUAUUUGAACCCUUGUGUAGAGCACUUGCUUUGUAUUAAACCUCCUGUCUCCAUGUGAAACUGACCUUUUUUGUUACUGAGCAGGUGUAUCGCUUUCAGGUAGUGUGAUGAUUCAUGCAGGGGUGAGGAGGCCAGGAGAGGAGGAAGGCUAUGGCGGUGUUUGUGACGGUUGUAAGAAAACUGUGCCGUUUAAAGCUGACACCAGAUAACCUGCUAGGGACUUAUUAACUGUAUUGAACAUUCUUUCCCUUGCUUUGCCCCUGUGUAUAGUUAGAAUGCCAAGAUUAGCUAUCUAGCAGCUUCAAGUUGUAUUAAAUGAUAUUUUGCUUUCUGUAAUACUGUUAUAAAAUAAAGUUUGUUUAUUCUCUAAA